AUCUUUCUUCCUCUAAAAUCCUAUCUUUUCUCUUCCUUCUGGUUUUAGUUUUUGGUUGGGAGUUUCUGCAACUGCAACAAACGCGCUAAUUCGGUUUUCUCCAAAAACACAAUCUUUUUUGUUUCUUAGGCAAAAGAAAGUGAAGGCCCUCUCUUGGGGGUCCAUAGGAGAGGGUCCUUCACUUUGUUUUUUUUUUUUUGGUUUCUUUUGGAGAAACACGACAAUUGCAAAGUACCAUCAGGUUUUAGGGGAAUUCUUGAUUCAUCAAGGCAAUUUCACACUGAUAACCUGCGAAGCGUUCAGAGCUGAAGAUAGUUGUUGCUUCAUAUCUGUGAUUCUUGGAGUGCAAAGAUUACUGUUUUUUUAUUUGUUUAACAGUGACUGAGGAGAAAAUGGAUAUGAUCCCAGAAAGAGAUCCUACAUCAUUGAUCCUUGAAAGCGAUUCUAUACAAUUGAUUGAGGCGAGUGAUUCUGCUUCUCUGAUCGCCAAGAGUGAUCCUACCCCUGUAAUCUCGGUUUGUGCUGAGUCUGGAAAUGGUCACGUAAGAAGGUUCUCCACUGGGAACCUUGCUAUCCCAUACAAAAGCGUAAAGAUUCUUUCACGUUAUCUUGCAGCCUCAACAGGUUCCUGCCAUGAUCAGUGUAAAUAUGGAAUGAGACAAGAUGCUGAAACAAAAACAAUUAGCAGUCCCAGAUUGGAGAGGGUGAUGGAAAAGCAAGGUAAAGUGCACCACAUUGGAAAGACUUCAAUUUUGGCAGAAAGAAAGAAGAACUUAACUGGCAGUUUUACGUCUUCUCCUGGUUCAAAAACCGAGAAACCUUAUUAUCCUUUUGUUGGUAAGAAGGAACUUCAAUCGCCGGCUAAGAAAGAAACUGUCCUAGUAAAACAGUUUUCAUUACCUUUCAAUGGAUUGUAUCCAAAGCCAAAGCCUAAUCUGUCAAAGUCAAACUCAUCUUCUCUUCCAAUAAAAGAGCAUUCAAGCGGUAAAGAAGAUGGUGCAAUCCAAGAAAACAAAGAAAUGGAUAUUUCUUACGUGAAUUCACGUAGAGUUUCAGUUAGCAGAGAACAAACUACACUCAGAAGAAUUAAAGAAUUGAAAUCCUCCAUAUUGGAUGAGAAAAAGGUUUCUGCACGAAGAUCUUUUUCUGCCUUAUAUUCUGUCAAGAAGGUUUUGACGCGACCAAUUGUUUCUUUGUCUACCAAGCUUCCUGAAAAGAGAAUUUCAAGUGCGACUAUUGGAAAAUCCAAGAGGCUGAAAGGAGUUUCUCGUCCAAAGGAUCACUGUGGUGUUGGAAAAGUUGAAUCUGAACGGCCUAGCAAUGUGGGUGUGUCAAAGAAGUAUUCGAGUACCAUUGAAUCUGAACGGCCUAGCAAUGAGGGCGUGUCAAAGAAGUAUUCGAGUACCAUUGGAUCUAAAGGGCCUAGCAAUGAGGGUACCAUUGAAUCAAAUGUAGAAAACAAAAUCGUCAGACCAACCCAAAACAGUGAUUCUUCCAAGUCCCCAUCUUUAUUCCCUGGGCAUAAAAGCUUGAAACAUGCUGCAAAAGGAAUUUCCCCUAUUCAAUCUUCUCCAUUAGCGGCAGAGAAGAUUUUGAGACGCACUCGAUAUGGAACCCAUGUCAAUCAAUCACCAAAACCCUCUGAGAAUGUUAGCUUGAGACGCACUAAGCAGGGAACUCAUAUUAUUCGGUCAUCUGCAUCCUCUUUGGCGUCACCCGAGACUAUCCAUGGCAGUAAAUUAUCUGAACCUAAUCAAAUUGACGUUGAGAAUAGAGCAGCAAAUGCAAAAGUGGAAUUCAACACUACACCUAAAAAAGAUAGAGUAGUGAGCACAAAAGAGGAAGCCAGAAAGCUAAGUUUUAGGACAGUAAAGCUGCUUGAGCUUCAGCCUGGAAUUAGUUCUCCGAGGAGACUCAAAUUUAAAAGAAGAUUCCACAGUGAUAGCCAAAUCGAUCUAAUUGAGACUCCUAAAAGAAGCCCUAAGAAAACAGUUCUCACUGACGAUGUUGAAGCUAUUGUCGAAAAUUCUGAACGUGAGAAGGUUGUGCUGAAACACCAAGAUGUUGAAGAGAAAACCGAACAGAGUUUGUUGAAUAAUGUGAUUGAGGAAACAGCAACUAAGCUCGCCGAGACGAGGAAGAGUAAGGUUAAAGCUUUAGUUGGUGCUUUCGAAUCAGUGAUCUCUCUUCAGGAUGCCAGACCAACAGUAACAGUUGAUGCAUUUUGAGUUGUACUGUAUAUAAUAAACCAUAUGGAGGGGAAAAGAAGGAAAAUUGGUCUGUUGAGCUUAGAAAACUCAGAAACAAUGGAAGGGUUUUUGUUGUUUGUUCCAUUUUUUUUUCUUUAUGUAUGCAAUUUCUUUUAGUUAUCAUAAAAAAAAGGUUCUUAAUAUUA